AUGCAACAAGAUAAUGGACAUGAAGAUAAUAAAGAAAAUAAACAAGAAAUGCAAGUUCCACCCUCUGAACAUGAGCCAACUGCAACCAUAUACAUUAAAAAUUUUGUUCGUCCUUUAACACAUACAAAAGUCCGCGAACUUUUAGAGCAAUAUGGCAAAAUCGAAUUUUUUUGGAUGGAUAAGAUUAAAUCUCAUUGUUAUGUAAAGACAUGGGUUAUGAGAUGGGGAUUGCUCCAUACUCCAUGGUAUGGGCGAAUAUAUCCGUAA